GCCGCCCCUCCCCCCGCUCGGCUGCGAGGCGCUCGGGGCAGGUAGAGCGGGCUCCGGGCGCGCGGGGCCCAGCAGCUGCCGCCCCACCUCGCCUCGGCCCAGCGCACAGCCUCGCGCGCCCAUGGCCGGCUCGGAGCAGCAGCGGCCGCGGCGGCAGGACGACGGGGACUCGGCGGCGGCGGCGGCGGCGCCCCUGCAGGACGCGGAGCUGGCCCUGGCCGGCAUCAACAUGCUGCUCAACAACGGCUUCAGGGAGUCGGACCAGCUUUUCAAGCAAUACAGAAAUCAUAGCCCAUUAAUGAGUUUCGGAGCCAGCUUCGUCAGUUUUUUGAACGCCAUGAUGACAUUUGAAGAAGAAAAAAUGCAGUUGGCGUGUGAUGACUUAAAGACGACAGAGAAGCUGUGUGAAAGUGAAGAGGCUGGAGUAAUUGAAACUAUCAAGAAUAAAAUUAAGAAGAAUGUUGAUGCCCGAAAAUCUGCCCCCUCUAUGGUUGAUCGGCUUCAGAGGCAGAUAAUCAUAGCUGACUGUCAAGUUUACCUGGCUGUGCUCUCGUUUGUAAAACAAGAAUUGUCAGCCUAUAUAAAAGGUGGGUGGAUCCUUAGGAAAGCCUGGAAGAUUUACAAUAAGUGCUAUCUGGACAUCAAUGCUCUCCAGGAGCUGUAUCAGAAGAAACUAACUGAAGAGCCCUUGACUUGUGACGCGGCAAAUGAUAAUGACGUUGUGGCUGAAGGGGUGUCUGAGGAGUCUCUAAGCAGACUUAAAGGUGCUGUUAGCUUUGGAUACGGCCUUUUCCACCUUUGCAUCUCCAUGGUGCCUCCCAACCUGCUCAAAAUCAUCAACCUGCUGGGUUUUCCCGGAGACCGCCUGCAAGGCCUUUCUUCACUGAUGUAUGCAAGCGAAAGUAAGGACAUGAAGGCCCCUUUAGCUACAUUGGCUCUGCUCUGGUAUCAUACUGUAGUCCGCCCGUUUUUUGCCUUGGAUGGCAGUGAUAACAAAGCAGGCCUGGAUGAAGCAAAGGAAAUUCUUCUCAAAAAAGAAGCUGCUUAUCCAAAUUCUUCCCUCUUCAUGUUUUUCAAGGGACGCAUCCAACGAUUAGAGUGUCAAAUCAACAGUGCCUUGACUUCUUUCCAUACGGCUUUGGAACUUGCGAUAGAUCAGAGAGAAAUCCAACAUGUCUGUCUGUAUGAAAUUGGUUGGUGCAGCAUGAUAGAGCUGAAUUUCAAGGAUGCGUUUGAUUCCUUUGAGAGGCUAAAAAACGAGUCCAGGUGGUCCCAGUGCUAUUAUGCCUAUUUAACUGCGGUUUGUCAGGGAGCCACUGGUGAUGUGGACGGGGCCCAGAUAGUCUUCAAAGAAGUUCAGAAACUCUUCAAAAGGAAAAACAAUCAGAUUGAACAAUUCUCAGUGAAAAAGGCAGAGAGGUUUCGGAAACAAGCUCCAACCAGAGCGCUCUGUGUGCUGGCCUCCAUCGAAGUGCUGUACCUGUGGAAAGCCCUUCCCAACUGUUCCUUCCCCAACCUGCAGAGGAUGAGUCAAGCUUGCCAUGAAGUGGAUGAUUCAUCUGUUGUUGGAUUAAAGUAUUUGCUUCUUGGUGCCAUACACAAAUGUCUAGGAAACUCAGAAGAUGCUGUUCAGUUUUUCCAGCGAGCUGUUAAAGAUGAAUUGUGUCGUCAGAAUAACUUAUACGUUCAGCCAUAUGCUUGCUAUGAACUUGGCUGUCUUCUGUUAGACAAACCAGAGACUGUAGGAAGAGGCCGAACUCUACUUCUUCAAGCAAAGGAGGAUUUCUCUGGCUACGACUUUGAAAACAGAUUGCAUGUCCGCAUCCACGCUGCUCUGGCUUCUCUGAGGGAACUGGUUCCUCAGUGACAGACACAGGGUUCCUGCUCUGACCCUCCCCACCAGGUUCUGCACUUUAAAUAAAAGCAGAGGACACAGCUCUUCCGAAGACUGGCUCUUCUUCUGAAAACCACCUGUGCCAGGGGCACAUUUUCCCAGUUAGGCUGACAUAUUAAAGAUCUCCUCUUUUAAACAUAUAGCUAAGAAGUAAUAAUAAUGACGAUUCUAGUAAUUAUAAAUAACCACCUGGGGAGAGGGUUAAGUGACCUUGUUCAAACAUUUUAGUUUUGUGAUUUAUUAUUUUUAAAAUAAAAUCAAACUAAAUAUUCACCUUGUGAUAUUCUAGGAACGCCUCCCAUAAGCACACAUGUGACUGGAUAACACUAGGAGGUACCUGGAGAAUUAUCAACAGUAUUAUGACACAGCGUUUAUAUUGUGUUUUGAAAAAAAAAAAAUAAAAGUGCUUUCUAGUG